CUCAUCCGCUCCCUCUCGCCGCCGCCAACCGAACCUAGGCAUGGCUUCUUCCUCAUCCUCUCUUUCCUUCCGCCACCGUCUCCCACAUCUACGCAGCCAUGGCGGAGAUCGUAGAGACUCCCUUGGAAACGAUUUCCCCGAACCUAGGGUUGCCUCUCCUCCUUCCGCCACCGCGACCGCGAGCUCCGCUCCCCCACAUUGCCUCUCCCUCUCCGGCGGAGAAGCUGACAAAUUCGAGCCAGCUCCCAUUACCCCUCCGCACGCGCUUGCUAGGAGGAGGCCCACGCAGCCAUGGCGGAGGUCCUGAACACUCUGAGGACGAGGAGGGGGACGUGUACCGGAUCUGCAGCGACGACGAGCACCCGCUUCGCUACCCCUGCGCCAGCAUCAAAUUGUGCACCAGUACUGCCUCCUUCCGCCAGUGUGAGGUACUGACCGGAGUUGGAUUCAGUCUUUAUAAACCUGGCUUUCAGUUUUGCUCCAUUCGCUGGCUUAUUUGCCCUGCUUCUGUAUUCUUGGAAGAGUGAAUAAAAGAUACAUGUACACCGAUGAUGACUCCGAGCACAGUACGCCGACGGGCAGCUCGGGUGGGUUCCACUACAUCCACAUCCCAUUUUUUCAUCCCGAGAACAAACAACUCAUUAACCCAUUUUAAUCUAUAUCUGAACAUUUGCAUCUAUGGAUUCUUUAUCUGUUGUUUUGGUGGAAAUUUUGAUCUCGGCCACCACAGGAGCUCUCCUCCACGCCCUCGUGGGGCGGCCAUGCUGCUCUGAUUCCGAGCUCCCCACAUCGUUGCAUGGCCUGUGCCAGGUCCAAGAUGGAGAAGGACGCCAGAGCCAGCCUCAUGCACCCCUGUGUCUGUGUGCGUACGUGAACUGUGGUGUUUGAGCGGCUUGCUUUCUGGGUGCUGCUCCUUGGUUGUUGUAUGCGGGGGCGUAUUGUUGUUGUAAUCUUUGUUUUUCUUCAUGGAUGCAGCUAACUAAUUAUAUUCAUUUUCAGGCACAAAGAUUGGUUGCAGGAGUACAAUGAGAAAUAUAAGGUCUUCCCUUGAAUGGCCAGAUAGAGAAAACAAUGUACUCUUAUUUCUUGUGAUGUUAUGUUUUCUGCUAUAACCGGCAUGGUUGGUAUACAUGUCUCAAUUCCUAAAGGUUCAGGAGGAUUUGAGUGCUGCUAAAGAGAGAGACAAGGAUCAGUGCUAUAAAAUUGUUGUUCAGAGACAUGUACCAUGAAUUGG